AUGAACAUAGCCAUCUUGAUCGUAGGAAGCAGAGGCGAUGUCCAGCCUUUCAUCGCCCUGGGGAAAGAGCUCAUCGCCCCACCAUACAACCACCGCGUUCGCAUCUGUACACACCCGAAUUUCAAGACCUUUGUGGAAGAGAAUGGCCUCGAGUUCUUCUCCAUCGGUGGCGAUCCGGAAAAGCUCAUGUCAUAUAUGGUGCGCAAUCCGGGCGUGCUGCCAACCAGAGCAUCUGUCAAAGCUGGCGAUGUGGGCGCACGACGCGCCGAAAUUGCCGAGAUGUUGGAUGGUUGCUGGAGAGGCUGCACAGAGGCCGGCAACGGCGUCGACUCCAUCCAGCUGCCAGCCGCCAAAUCGCUAAACCUGGACACGAUAACAUCACUGCCGGACCCCUUCAUAGCCGAUGCCAUCAUCAGCAACCCGCCAGCGUAUGCAAACAUCCAUAUUGCGGAAAGACUUUCCGUGCCGCUACACAUGAUGUUCACAAUGCCCUGGAGUCCGACGACGGCAUUUCCCCACCCGCUCACAAAUGUAAAGGCGGGCGCGAACAACAGGAAAAUGGCCAACUACCUAUCCUACUACAGCAUGGAACUACUGACGUCCGAAGGUCUGAUCGACCUCGUAAACGACUUCAGAGAGAAUACCCUAGCUAUCGAUCCUCUUCAUGCAGCAUGGGGUCACCAGCUGCUUCCACAGCUCAAAGUACCUUUUACUUACUGCUGGUCACCAGCUUUGAUACCGAAGCCUAGCGAUUGGGGCAGCCACAUUACCAUCAGUGGCUUCUUUUUCCUGGCGACAAAAUCAUCUUUCCAACCUGACGAGGCGUUAUCCAGAUUCCUAGCAGCUGGGCCACCGCCUGUGUACAUAGGCUUCGGGUCAAUCGUGGUAGACGAUCCGGACAAAAUGACAAACAUGAUUCUAGAAGCCGUAAGGAUAUCCGGAGUGCGCGCUCUCGUUUCGAAAGGUUGGGGUAACCUCGGCGGUAAAGACGUUCCCGACAACGUUUUCCUGCUUGGUAACGUACCACACGACUGGCUUUUCCCACACUGUGCUGCCGUCGUUCAUCACGGCGGUGCCGGAACGAUGGCCAUUGGUAUAGCACUGGGAAAGCCGACAGUAGUAGUCCCGUUCUUUGGCGAUCAACCCUUCUGGGGAGAGAUGGUCGCUCGUGCUGGUGCCGGCCCCUCGCCAAUAAGAUACAAAGAUUUGACGGCAGAGAAUCUCGCAGGGCAGAUCACUCAAGCGCUGGAACCCCAAGUUCAGGACAGAGCAAAGGAGCUCAGUGAUCGCAUCCGAAGCGAGACAGGCGCCAAAACAGCCGCCCAGAUGUUCCACUCCACGGAACAAAUGCAGAACCUCGGUUGCUUCCUGAUGCCGGACAGAGUCGCCGUCUGGCGGGUGCGCCGCACUAAUAUUCAGCUCAGCGCCCUUGCAGCCAGUAUUCUUGUCGCUCACGGCAACAUUGACAGACGACGCCUCAAACCCCUUCGGAAACAUCGCUGGUAUGUCGAGCAAGGAGCCCAAGAUCCACUCAUCGGCGCUUUGGCCACGAUGGGUUCAACCGCCAUAGGCUACAAGACUUGCGCGACAAAAUUAAGCAGAGAUAUGGGGCGAUCUUCGUCAAUGGAAGCCGCCAAGAACAAAGUUCUGAUGGACGGCAAAACCGCUUCUGAUCGCCCGAAGAACAAGGUCAAGAGCAUCGGAGAGUUUGGUGUCGGAGUGGGUGGCAGGACUUUACAAUUCCCGGUCGAUUUGCUCUACAACAUCACCAACGGUUUCCACAACGCGCCUGCACAUUUCAUGGGCGACCGCACUGUGCGCAUGAGGAACGAGAUCACCGGCGUCAAAUCAGGGCUGAAAGCUGGAGUGGAAGAAGUCUGCUUUGGUUUCUACGACGCUGUGACUGGUAUUGUGACACAGCCAGUCCAUGGUUUCGAAGAGGGCGGCCCCGUUGGGCUCGCCAAAGGCGUAGGCCGCGGUGUUGGAGGACUUGUCUGCAAGAGCGUGGCCGGGACGCUAGGACUCCCGAGCUACGGUCUGAAGGGCCUGACCAAAUCGAUCCGCAGAGGAUGGAGAGACAGCGACGCGGUGCCAGAUGAAGAGGCCAUCGCUUUCAUGAGGCAGCUGGGACAUCGUGAGAGUGUUGGCGGUCAAACAGUGCUCCCGGGCCAUACGCAAGCUGUCGUUUUGUCGUACGUGGGCAAAGCGACUGGAAAUGGGGUCAUGCGCAUGGUGAUGAGGCGACGAGGAUGGCAGAAUUAUAUAGAGCUGCUGCAGCUUCGGCAGAACCCCGAAAAGGCAGCAGCAUUGGAGCACGAUGUUCUGACCAAGUGGAAGAGCUUUGAUGUGUCGACCGAAUAA